AUGACCACGAAGAAGGAAAACACCCUCAAACUAGAGGAAGCGACACUAGACGACGUCCCCGCGCUGACGGAGACGUGGUUCGCGGCGUUUGCCGGCGACGAGGUGAUAUCCCGCCUGUGGCCCGAUACUCCCGGUGUGAGGGCGUGGUGGGACGAGGCGAAUGGCGGGGAUAUGGCGGCGAAGACGUUUCAGCGGUUUGUCAAGGUCGUUGAUGUGAGCAGCGUUGCUACCGUGACCGGAACGGCGAAGGCGGAGGGAGGGGAUAGGGGAGGGGGUAAAGGUGAAGAAGGGGGAGGCGGCAGGCCGAGGAUUGCGGCGUGGGCCAAGUGGGAUACGAGUACGCUGGCCGAGAGGGGCCGGCGGUAUCCUCCUUGGGCGGGGGAUAUGCCUUCCGAGGUGUGUGAUGUGUUCUUUGCUAGGGAGGAGGCGGAGAGGGGGCGGGUUAUGGGUGAUGAGAGGCAUUAUUGUGAGUUUUGUCUUUCUUCUGUCCUGGGUUUCUCCGUUGCUCCCUUCCGCUUUUAUUGA